CUUCGCCCCGCACGCGUGGCCGCCAUGGGGUUCGUCUUCUCCAAGCUGGUCUGGUACUUCCUCGGCGUGCCGGAGGAGGUCAAGCUGGUGAUCGUCGGCUUGGACAACGCGGGGAAAACCACCUUCCUGUACCGCCUGCUGCUUGGCCAGGUGGUGGCCACGACACCGACCAUCGGCUCGAAUGUCGAGGAGUUUAACUACAAAAACAUCAAGUUUCUCAUGUGGGACAUCGGCGGCCAGGACAACCUCCGGAGCUCCUGGUCCACGUACUACAUCAACUCGAAGGCCGUCAUCAUGGUGGUAGACAGCACCGAUGUCGCGCGGUUCCCGAUCGUCCGGCGGGAGCUCCACAGGAUGCUUUCGCAUGAGCACCUUGCCCGGAUCCCGCUGCUGGUGCUGGCCAACAAGCAGGACCUGGACGAGGCUCUGACGACGGCCGAGAUCUCCGACGCCCUGGGGCUGCCGGAGCUCGACGUCACCACCCCCUGGCACAUUGCGCCCUGCAGCGCCAUCUCCGGCGAAGGGACCACCGAGGGGCUGGACUGGGUGGUGAGCCAGCUGAAAAAUGAGCCAUUAGCCGAGGUGCCGGGCGCCGCGUCGGCGCCGGCCUCGACGCCCGCACCCGCGCUCAAGUAGCACACGCUCGCCAAGCCUGCCUGAUCUUGCCCCCUGGCCUGGGCCGAAUAGAAGAAAAAACCCUCCACACA